UCUCGCUUCCUUACCUAUCUCAACUGGGCGUGUUUUUUUUUUUUUUUGUGCUUUUUUUUUUUUUAUUCCCGAGGGAACUUUUUACCUCCCGAUUCAUUUCGCGUGAAAGGAAAAUUUCUAAGAAUAGCUCACUGGCAGAAAACCUAAGUCAAGGCCAUGAUCAAAGCUGCAGAGAUUGGAGAAACAUCAUGGCAGCUGUCUGUGCAUGUGGAUCAGAAACAAGGGGACGAGUCCAUGAAAUUCAAACUCAGGGUGAAAGGGGACUUGCACAUUGGAGGCGUCAUGCUUAAGUUGGUGGAAAAAAUCAAGGCUGAGCAGGACUGGUCCGAUCAUGCACUGUGGUGGGAACAGAGGAAAUGCUGGCUGCUCAAAACUCACUGGACGUUGGACAAAUAUGGGGUUCAGGCUGAUGCUGACCUGCGCUACACUCCCCAGCACAAACCACUGUUGCUACAGCUACCUAAUAUGAAAACCAUCAGAAUGACAGUCUGCUUCUCCAGUAUGGUGUUCAAGGCGGUGGAUGAAAUCUGCAGAGUUCUCAACAUUAGAAGAUCAGAGGAACUCUCUCUGCUGAAGCCUCCUUAUGAUUCCUCCAAGAGGAAAAAGAAGAAAGACAAGAACUUGCCUCAGGAGGACAUCUGGGACAUAUGGGACUCGCUUAACGUGGGACAGGGAGGAACAGGCCCUAUAUACAACAAGACAAUGACAGCAACCUAUGACCCGGAGAAUGGGAUGCCCAUGUCUGCCACCAGCCUUUGGUUUGGAGAAAACCCCUUAGCUGAGUCUCAGCCAAACCUACCCCCUACAGAGCUAGGCAAGAUGUACCAUCCGCUGUCGCUUGUGGACAAAGCAACCAACAUCGCAGGGUGGCUUGACUCGUCUCGUUCACUCAUGGAGCAAGACAUUCAGGAUGAUGACAAGCUGUUACUUCGCUUCAAGUACAAUGUCUUCUUUGAUCUCAACCCUAAAUACGACGCUGUCAGGAUAACCCAGCUGUACGAACAGGCCCGGUGGUCCAUCCUGCUGGAGGAGAUCGACUGCACAGACGAAGAAAUGCUGAUGUUUGCUUCUUUACAGUAUCACAUUUGCAAACUAACCAUGUCAAGUGAGCCCCUGGAAAACUCCAGUGAGCCAGAGAUCGAUGAAGUAGAGGCUGCCCUGUCUAACCUGGAGGUGAUACUCGAAGCCGGACAUGCAGACAGAAUUCUGGAGGACAUUACAGACAUUCCAGAGCUGGCAGACACCCUUCGGCUAUUCAAGCCCAAAAAGUUGACCUUGCGGUCAUACAAAGACUACUGGUUCGUUUUCAAGGACACCACUAUCUCUUAUUUUAAGAACAAGGAAGCCUCCAGCGGAGAGCCAAUCGAGCAGUUGCACCUCCGAGGAUGUGAAGUGGUCCCAGAUGUCAAUGUUACAGACAAGAAAUUCGGCAUCAAGCUCCUGCUCCCAGUUGCUGACGGGAUGAAUGAAGUGUACAUCCGAUGUGAUAAUGAAACACAGUAUGCAAAGUGGAAAGCUGCAUGUAUUCUAGCCUCUAAAGGCAAGACGAUGGCCUACAGUUCCUAUAAGACAGAAGUGAAAAACAUCCAGUCUUUUUUGCAAAUGAAGAGCCUGGCGCCCCCUCCUGGUCAGGCAGCUCCAGACCUUGAUGCCAUGGAAAUGAAUGCUGAAUGUUUCGUUUCCCCUCGCUACGGGAAAAAGUACAAGACCAAGCAGCUGACUGCACGGAUCCUGGAAGCCCACCAUAAUAUAGCAAAGCUGUCUUUGAUGGAGGCCAAGAUGCGAUUUAUCCAGGCCUGGCAGUCACUUCCAGAGUUUGGCAUUAACUACUAUAUUGUCAGAUUCAAAGGUAGCAAGAAGGAUGAAAUUCUUGGGAUUUCAUAUAACCGCAUGAUUCGUAUUGACAUGUCAUCUGGCUUGCCUGUCACCACAUGGAGGUUCGCCAACAUGAAGCAGUGGAACGUCAACUGGGAAAUAAGACAGGUGACCAUUGAAUUUGACCAGAAUGUGACAAUAGCUUUCUGCUGUGUAAGCUGCGACUGCAAGGUGGUCCACGAGUUCAUUGGUGGUUAUAUCUUCCUCUCCACACGAUCAAAAGACCAGAAUGAAACACUUGACGAAGAACUGUUCCUUAAACUUACUGGAGGCCAAGAAUGAACAAAGAAAUAUACGACUGUCCAUUUUGUACUGAUCUUCUUGCUCAUACUAGCAUUAAGCUGCAAAAGAAAAUGAACAGUAGGGCACCGUCAUUGAAACACAUUUUCCUUUACAGAACCAUAUCACGAUUUGUUAUUACUUUUGUCAUUUAUGCACAAAAUGAUGACGUUGAUGUAAAUAUGUAGUUAGGAUUGUCUUUUUAAAACAUGGAUGAGCUGAUAUGUGCGAGAAGCUAACUUUUUUUGUCAAAUAGACGCAUUUCUCUGAAUAUAGUGUCACAAAAUGUAAAGAAUUACACUGCUUUUAAUCAAAUUAGUUGUGUUUUGGUUAUAGAGGAUCCAAAUGCAGGCUAAACCAGAGGCAGAAAGAUUCAGGGAAGAGUCUUUUAAUGAUAAAAUAAACAGGACUUACAGUAAUGUCCCGAAGGGAACAGGACAAGGUACCAGCAUGAAAAAACAGCGAGGGAAAUGGAGCAACAGAGAGAAGCACAUGAAGAAAGCUAAAUACAAAGAAUGGGCUGAUAUAGAGACACCUGCUAACAAUAGCAAACAGAGAAAUGAACUGCAGAAGAAAAUCACAACAAGGAAAUUAUCAGAAUACAAACAGUAAAGAAAUUCACAACCAUACACUUCAGGAUUGUGACAGAAUUGUGUUUUAUUCUUGUUCAAAAUGUGUGUAAUUCAUUUUAAGCCUGAAUUUUGUUGAACUAUGUUUACAAUGUUGUAAUAUAAAAAGUCCUGUACCAUGUACUUCUAAACAGUCAAUUUUUCACAUUAUUUCUCUCACUAUACAGUUGAAACCAGAUAUUGAUGUACACUGUACUGUGUGUCUGACAUUAAAUCAGAAUAAACUUC